UGAAAAGCCUCCAAAAUGAAAUUGACUAAAAUUAUGCUUUAUUAAAUUUUCUGAUGAAUUAUAAGACAUUUUGAAUAUGGCUGUACCUUGUGAAAUGUUACUGCAUCCCGAACUAUUAACAAACGAGCAAUUAAUAUACGUACUUCACGAGCGACAUUUGAGAAUCCCGAACCUUCAAAAUAUGGCAAGAGAUGAGUUGUUACACAUUUUUCACCAGUAUUGUGUGCCCCAUGGCCAGAGAAGAUAUAGAGACUCAGGAAGAGGAAAGGUGUUGAAUAAAGCGCGACCUGUCAGUCCGCCGGCACCACAUACAGUAUCUCUAAAUACAGCCUUUAACACAAGGAAAUCUGUGCACUCGGAUAACUUGGAAAGACUCAAACCACCGCCUGACUUAUUAAGUGGGCAUAUGAAAAGAAUCAAAUUAGAAAAUAAGGAAAAGGAUGUUUAUUUAAAAAGGAAAAUGUCUGUAGACUCUGAUACACCUGCGACCGAUAGUCCAUCACCGAAGAAGAACAGGAAACCCAUAACAUGGCCCUAAACAGUCGAUAGAUAAUUACUUCAUUAGGAAACUAGGCUAGCGCCAGAUCUAGACUUUUUUGAGGGGGGGGCUGAAACUAAAAAUAUAUGAUUUGGCGCAGUAAACAGUGAACAUUCUUUAUAUGUUUGAGUGGAAGAGCAACCAAUACUGUGUACAAGCAUACUGAGUGUAACUUGAGGAUACCAAAUAAUAGGGAACUUGACUGUAGUUGAAAUAAAAUAUUUUAUACCAUCCACGAAAUAAAGCAUCAGAUAAUUAUAAGAAAAAACA